GAGGAGAUAAUCGUUUGACUUGUCACAACCUCUUCGCACUACCAGAAUUCGUUGCAAUUGACUCACUCAAUGAAUCAUACAAUCCCUUCUGGGUGAGCACCCCAUUGCGCGGGACGCAUCCGGCCUCUUGACCAGCGACAAUGGGUGUUACCGGUCUCUGGACAGUAGUUGCGCCCACAGCCCGGCCAACCCAACUCGCGUCUCUCAACCGGAAGCGCCUCGCGGUCGACGCCUCGAUAUGGAUUUACCAGUUCCUGAAAGCUGUUCGGGACAAGGAGGGGAAUGCCCUCCGGAACAGUCAUGUGGUCGGCUUCUUUCGAAGAAUCUGCAAGUUGCUUUACUUCGGAAUCAAGCCUGUAUUCGUGUUCGACGGCGGUGCGCCAAUCCUCAAGCGGGAAACCAUCAGAAAAAGAGCGCGAAGACGAGAAGGACGUAGAGAAGAUGCCGCCCGAACUGCGGGAAAGCUGCUUGCAGUGCAAGUGGCACGGGCUGCGGAAGAGGAAGAAAAAAGACGUCGAGCGGAGCGUGAGCGCACACCUGUGGAAGAAGAGCUGCCGACGGACCAGGAACUUGUGUAUGUGGAUGAGUUGGGUAUGACUCAGCAAGAGCGACAAUCCGGGCGACAGUUUAAGAAGAAGGAUCAAUAUCAUCUGCCAGAUUUAGACGUUAGCAUUGAGAGCAUGGGCGCGCCGAACGACCCACGGAUCAUGUCGCAGGCCGAACUUGAGGACUAUGCCCGUCAUUUUCAUAGUGGAGAGGAUGUCAAUCUGUACGACUUCAGCAAAAUCGAUUUCGAGAGUCCGUUCUUCUUGUCGCUUCCGCCUGGUGAUCGCUACAAUAUUCUCAAUGCCGCCAGACUACGUUCGAGGCUGAGGAUGGGAUUUUCGAAAGAGCAGCUUGACGGGAUGUUCCCUGACCGCAUGGCGUUCUCCAAAUUCCAGAUUGAGCGCGUGAGGGAGCGGAACGAGCUUACGCAGCGGCUAAUGCAUAUCAACGGGAUGUCUGACGAUAUCAUCAACCAAGGAGGAAGGAUUGCUGGAGAGAAAGGAAAGGAGUAUAUCCUUGUUAGGAACGAUGGUGUGGACGGUGGCUGGGCACUCGGUGUAGUGUCGAACAAGCAGGGUACCAAGAAGGAGAAUGCGAUUGACUUGGAAGAUGAAGAGAACUCUGAGGGCCCCACGGGGGAUUCGGCUGAGGAAGAAGAGUUCGAAGACGUGGCGAUUGAGGGGUUGAACCGUAUACCCAAAGCUCUGGGUAGAAAGAGGAAAGCGGUUGAUUAUGAUACGUCCUACGAUGCUGUCGAGGAGAUUGCAAAGAAGCGUAGGGCGGUGUAUGAGGCGAGGAAGGCCGGUGCGGCUGCACCAGCACUGCGGGAGCCAGUGCCAGAGGCGCCUCCGACUACAGUGCCUCCAACCACGAAUGUGGACGAAGAUACCUUGUUUGUGCCGGAGGACAAGGAAGACGAUGAUAUGGAUGAACUGUUUGAAGACGUUCUUCCAAUUGAGCCGGAGCCAGAGGAAGACGACGAACUACAACGAGCCAUUGCCAUGUCUUUAGAGAAAUCUACAGAUGCGGAUGGUGGGUUCAUCGUCGAUGACAGUGCACAAGAUCGCGCAGAAGAGGAUGACCAGGACGAUGGUUUUGAUCUACAAGCAGCCCUUGCAGAGUCCCGGAAGAACAAACAUAAGUCGAAGACCAAUGUCAGAGAACGCAGUCCAGCGCCGAAAGAGAGCCUUCCCGCGCCACAGUUCAACGGCCCUCUGCCUUUCGAAUCCAUAAAUCUUGGCCAGUCACUCCUGGGAAAGAAAAAGUCGGAGAAGAUUGAGGAGGAUUUGUCAGGAGGGUUCGACCGCGAACUUGGUGAUGACGCCUUUCGCAAAGAAAGACCGCCUCAACCUAUGCCGGAUUGGUUCAAUGCAGCUCCUAGCACGAAAGAUCUCAAACACAUUCCUGAAGAUGCUGAAGAUGAGGAUGUUACUCCAGCUAAGCACGCUGGAGUCGACAUCACUAGUAGAGAGAAGAUUCGUCGCUACGACACAAAGGAGGUAAUUGACCUUGAAGCAGAAGAUCAGAACGGCGAGGAAGAUCGUCCUAUCGAGGUUGAGGCGGAAGCAGAAGAAGACAGACCGGUUUUAUUCGAGCCAUCUCAGGAUAUUCCCACGGAGCCUGAUAUGCCGCUGCCGGAGGAUUUGCCUGUGGUAGAUGAAGAGGAGGAUGCUGAGCGGCGCAAACGUGAAGCUGAACGCGAGGAGCGUUAUGCAAUGGCUCGUCAAAUUGCCGCCGAGAAUGAUACCCAGGAAAUGGUCAUGGGCGAUGUGGCGGAAAAAGCUCAAGCUGAACCUCCUCCGCCUUCGAAGGUGCCUGAUUUCAAUCCAGACCCGGCCCCAGCCAAGCCAGAUACAGCGGAAGGUGAACCUGCAGUAUCUGAAGGUGAUGAAAUCGCAUGGAGCGAAUCAGACUACGAAGCCGAUCAGCCGGCAACGCCAGGCUCGCUGGGUACAGUCAACGAGCAGCCCGAAACAGCACUCCCAGCAGACGAUGAAGAUGAAGGCGAGGACUUUGAGGACGUUGACAUGGAGCCUGAACCUGUCCCUGUCCCUGCUGUUGAACCUGCCGCGCCGCCAUCUCAAGUGUAUGACACCGUCAGUGCAUACGUCGAGACUCCCGUCCCAGCCGCUCAAGAGCCUGCUGCGGAGGAAGAAUAUGAAUACCUCUCCGAAUCCGAAGAAGAACUCAUGCGCCAAUUGGCCAUCGAAGCCGAAGAACACGCCCGCUUCGCCUCCAGUCUGCACAACCAAAAGACCAACGCAGACGCGAUCAGGGACUACGAGAACGAACUCAAACAACUAAGGAACCAACAAAAGAAAGACCGCCGUGACGCUGAUGAAGUAACACAAGUCAUGGUGCAAGAGUGUCAAGCUCUUCUACGCCUCUUCGGCCUUCCAUAUAUCACAGCUCCAAUGGAAGCCGAAGCCCAAUGCGCCGAACUCGUUCGUCUAGGUCUUGUCGACGGCAUCGUUACAGAUGACUCCGAUAUUUUCCUGUUCGGCGGAACGAGAAUCUACAAGAAUAUGUUCAACGCAGCGAAGUUUGUGGAAUGUUAUCUCGCGAGCGAAUUGGAGAAGGAGUUUACUUUGGAUCGUCGCCGACUCAUUCGCUUCGCCCACUUACUGGGGAGCGAUUACACCGAGGGCAUUCCUGGCGUUGGACCCGUGACUGCUCUUGAGAUUCUCACAGAUUUCGAGACCCUGACUGAAUUCAAGGAGUGGUGUUCCAAGGUCCAACUUGGUAGGCCGGCGGAUCUGGAAGAUCAACUUACCACGCCUUUUCGGCGGAAAUUCAAGAGUACGGUGCAAAAGAGGUUGUUCUUGCCGAAUGCGUUUCCGGAUCUGAGGGUCGAUGAGGCGUAUCUCAAUCCUGAGGUGGAUUCGGAUCCGGAGCCGUUUGUGUGGGGGGUGCCGGAUCUGGACAAGCUUAGGGGAUACCUCAUGGCGACGAUUGGGUGGAGUCAGGAACGGACGGAUGAGGUGUUGGUUCCGGUCAUUCGGGAUAUGAAUAAGCGGGAUGUGGAGGGGACGCAGAGUAAUAUCACACGGUUUUUUGCCGGGGGUGUGGGUGUUGGCGGACGGGGGAUUGGUGGUGCAACAGGGAGUGGUUUGGCGGUGGGUGGAGAGGGGCCGGGGCCUGGGACUGGGACGGCUGAGGGUAUGGCGCCGCGGAAUAGGACUGGGAAGGAGUCUGGACGGAUGAAGAAUGCUUUUAAGAGGUUGAGGGGAGAGGCGGAGAGGAAGAGAAAGGGGUUGGACUUUGAGGAGGGAGAUCAGCAAGGCCAGCAAGAUGAGGAUGGCCAGGAUGGUCAGAAUGGUCAUGAUGGUGGUCUGGACGUGGCUGAAAAUGCUAGUGGUGAUGAUGGCGAUUUUGCCGAAGAUGAAGCGCCCAAGAAGAAGACCAAAAGUAAGACGAAGGGGAAGUCAAAGAAAAGGUCAACUUGA